ACAGAUAUCGGUCGCCAUUGAGAAUCGGCUCUGAACGUUAGUGUAACAGAUCUGAGUCAAUAGUCGACUUGAUGGGAGUCGUCCGGCAGUAAUAAUGUGACUUUCCUCGUCGUCGGAUUGAUUUCGUGAUCGGCUUAACCAGGAUUGACUCGAGUCUCUCUCUCGUCUCGAGGAAAGCGUUCGUGAGGGCCGCCGGGAGCAGGGAGGACCCUCGCCCUCGACUCGGGCCACCUUUUCAUUCGAUUUCGCUCCCUUUGUCAGCGGCGGUUCUGCUUUGUUCCUCCGUCGAAAGAGGAUGCGUUUAUUAAACGAAUAGGGCCGCUGUCGGAUCCAGGCCGGCGGACGUCGCGCCUUUCGCCCUUUUCUACUCGCUGGCGCUACUCCGAUCCGUCGAAAAACACGAGCCGAGAUAAGACAAGAAAAUGCCAUUGCCCAAGAGGACAGUUGAGCCAAUCCAUGUGGCUCGCGGCACUAUACCGGAAGGGGUGCACAUCACUUCCGAUUUGGAAGCUGUAACCAACGGGACGUUGGCGAACGUUGUAAGGCAGCUAUCAUCCUUGAGCAAACACGCUGAAGAUCUUUUCGCCGAGUUGACCCGCGAUUCCAAAGGCAUUGCUUCAAGGGCCAACUCGUUGCAGGCAAGACUAGAUAGGCUAUCGGUCAAAGUUUCACAGUUGGACAGCUCUACCGAAGAACGUAACAUGUCACUUCAAGAUAUUCAUUUGCGGAAAGCCUUCAAGAACUCUGUGGUUUUCGACCAACAAGUUGUCUCUCGAGAUACAAUGCCUACAGCUAUGCUUGAGACUUACAAGCUUUGUGAUAAACCUCCACCUCUCGAUAAACUUAAUCCUUAUAGGGAUGACGGGAAAGAUGGUUUGAAGUUUUAUACCGAUCCUGGGUAUUUCUUUGAUCUGUGGAGUCAAGAAAUGAUAGAAGACACAGAACGGAAGAUGAUCGACAAAGGAAAAAAGCCUAAACCAAGAAAAGAAGAAGGCGGUCGUCACAAGAAACGGGUUAGGCAACCGCAUAACACAAGAGAGAGACAGCGGCAGAUAGUAGUCGGCCAAGGGGAAUAUAUAAUGCCUCAAAAUAAUCAUUACAGAGCACCACAUCAAAUUCACAUGUACCAGGAUCAACCUGACACCCGGCUUGAUGACGAUUUACGGCCGUUGAGACCUAGCAGUAUCGAAUUAAAAAGAAACUACCCUGCUGAAACGAUUUACAGCCCUUCAUCUCAGCAUAUUUAUGGCUACCAAAAUCACUAUAGUGUCGGACCUGCAGGAACAUACGAUGAAGUUAGUCAUUACCAUCAUUCAAAUCUGAUCCAACAAAUGAGUGGAAAUUCAAUUCAUCAGCACAACAUGUCCAAUCACAACAAUUCCAACAGCAGUAUACCCGUUGAAGCGUAUACGAGCCCUAAUAGAUCGAGGCCGAGGCCUUCCCAACCUCCGCCAGCGCCUCCUACAACCAACACUUCGGCCACAAGCACACCAACUGUUAGCUCAGCGGUUAACACGCCGACAAGAGGAAGGAGCACAUCUUCGGCGAGGGAGACUUUACCGCCCCCGCCACCUCCUCCAGUGGAUUUACCGAUGUCUCAUGGCAUGCAGAUGAAUGACUCGCUCCCACCACCACCGCCCUCGCCUCCUCCUUCAUUAGAAGCGCCAAUACUGCCUCCACCUUGUGCUGUUGAGCCUCCGCCUCCACCACCUCCUCCACCGCCACCACCGCCUCUCGUCCCCACAAUCAACGGUGGAAUUAAAUCAAAUAAUCCUUUGUUGCAGGUGUCUGUGACCGGGAUGAAGAUGGUUUCCUCCCCAAUGGCCAACGAGUUGAUCAGGCCUAAACAGGUCCAGGCUCCAGUUUACGAUCCAAGAAAUGACUUGUUAAAAGCCAUAAGAGAUGGCAUCAAACUAAGAAAAGUCGAAAAGAUCGAGCAAAAGGAAGGAGAGAGAGUGAACGCGUUGCACGACGUCGCUUCCAUACUCGCACGACGGGUUGCGGUGGAAUUCUCAGAUUCGGAUUCAGGCUCUGAGAGUGAAUACGACAGCGAAGGUUGGGUCGAGAACGAACAAGGGUCUUCUUCUGUCGCAUAAUUCAUCUGUCUAAAGAUUGAAUAACAAAGUUGACAAAAGAAGGUAAACUAUAUUAUCGUGCCAUCGCAAAUAUUCAAUGCAAUUUAGGCAAGUUGUAAAAAAAAGACAAUUUCUUAUAUAAUUCUAAAAAAAUUUGCCAAACACUUUGAAAAUACUCAAGUAAACAAAUGUAAUGUUCUUCCAAUUAUUGUCAAAAUGAUUAUUUUUGAGAAGAUUUUUAUGGAGUGUUGUUUGAUAGAGAUUGGGUUCUUUUCCAUGAAAAGGUUCUUGCUCAGAUUCAAAUCAGCCUAGUGUGAAUUUUUUUUAUUCUUUUUAAUUUUGUCUGAGUUACCAAAAGUACAUCGAAGAAAAAAAAUAGUUUGAAGGUUUGAUGUUUUUGAUGUUUGGCUCAUAUCAAGCCUUGAACCAAAAUAGAUUCAUUUUUCAAUUAUUCCAACCUAAUUACUACUUUAAUAAUGCUACAAAAAUAAGCCUUUGGAUUCUUUCAUUUAUUUAAACAGGAUAACAAUGGAAAUUUGGAAAAUGAUAUCGGACAUUUUUUUCCAUUGUGUUUUUAUUAGCGAAAUAAUGUUUUAAAAUUUACAACUCGUUCUAUUUGUCCGUUUUCAAUAAUAUAAUUUCAUUGCUUAACCUUGCAUCAUGUUGAUAUUAUAUAUUUUUUGUACCUUAAUUAUUUAUAUGUAUAAAAAACAAAUAUGUCUGUGUUAAUUUGUCAUAUUUAUUUUAAGCAGGUAUAAGUUAUUAGUAAACAAACUUAGCUUUAAUCAUACAUUAUAUAUUUUGAUAUGUCUAAAUAUGCAGGCUCUAUUUAACUUAUUGUUGGCCCGUACAAAAAUGUUUAAUAAAGUUUAAAAAAAUCACACAUUUAUCUAAAUAUUGUAUUUACACAAUUUAUUUUCUCCUUGAAAGAUUCAUUAGCAUUUUGUAACAAAUUAUUUAUCCGCCUUUAGAGCUGUGUAUUUAACUUUUCCAGAAGUAAAAGUUGAUUUUUUUGUUCUAUUUUUUAAAGUUUCUAGUCAUAUCAAAGUACAGCGGUUUCGUCCAAAAACAGAACCAAAUCAUAGAACCAGACUAAAAAUCAUUUUCUUUAUUACAAUAUUGUCGAUUUACUUCUGGAAAUUCUAUUUUACACUCUUGUGCUGUCAGAAAAAUUUCCAAAUUCAUAACUCUAUCUCCUUUUAAAUUUGAUCAGGUAUGAUAUAAAAAAAAAGCUAAUGAACAGUACACAUUACAAAAUAAUUACAUACUGAAAAAUUAUAUAAAAUUAUUACUUAUUUAGAUAUUCAAUUAAUAUUGUAUUAUUAAUAUUUACAUAAGAACCAAAGCUUCAAUAUUGAAUGUAAUGUUAUUAUUAGUUAUUUUAUAAACGAUUUAUAAUUUGUAAAUAUAUACAUAUAAAUACAACAUAAAUAUAUACACAUAUGUUGUAUAUAUUUAAAAAAUUAGGUAAAAUAAAAUGGAGUAUAAUAAUUACCACAUGACAUGGUGUAUAUAAAAUGUAAAUAAAAAAACACUCAUUUGUUAACCGGUAUUUCUUUAACUAACACAACUAAUUUAGUUUGGGGUGCCAACAUAUAUAAACUAUUUCCUCCGUCAGUACAUCAAAUAAAAGCAUAAGCUGUGUCAAUCGUAUCGAGAAAAAUAGAGAACGCAUAAAUUAAUUUCGAUAUCAAAUUUAAAAAUGUAACUGAAUUUUAAUUUAAUAAGAAUGUCAUUCCACUGUAGUAAUUUAUUUAAGACAUACAUGAGGGCUGUUGAUUAUUUUUGUAUGCAUUUAAAAAAAAUUGAAUUAUGUUAAGUACUUUAGUCUUGCGAUUUUAUUGUUACAAGUAAUGGAAGCAAAUAAUUGUGUGUAAGCUUUUGUAAAAUCAGAUGUAUUAAAUGAAAAUAUUCUUAUGUU